AUGUCAUUGGGGAAAUCACCUGUGUUGGGGGUGCGUCCUGUGCCCCGACCCCUCUGGCUGUCCCACCUCAGCCUGCUGUGCUUAUGUGUGUCUCUCUUUGCCCAGGCCCCCCAGGGUUUGCCUGUGGUAGGUUAUAACACUGACUCCAAGAGGGAGAUCACACUGGAAGGAGAUUUGAUGAUUGGCGGCCUGUUCCCUGUGCACCAGAAGGGUGAGGGAGCCGAGGACUGUGGGAAGAUCAAUGCUCAGAGAGGGAUCCAGCGACUGGAGGCCAUGCUGCUGGCACUAGAUGAAAUCAACAAGGAUGAGCGCAUCCUGCCUGGGAUCAGACUGGGAGCUCACAUACUGGACACUUGCUCUAAGGACACCUACGCUCUAGAGCAGUCUCUGGAGUUUGUCAGGGCCUCCCUCACCAAAGUGGAUGACAGUGAGUACACGUGCCCCGACGGCUCCUACGCCAUCCAUGACGACGUCCCUCUGGCUAUCUCUGGGGUCAUUGGAGGCUCCUACAGUGAUGUCUCCAUUCAGGUGGCCAACCUUCUGCGACUCUUCCAAAUCCCUCAGAUCAGCUAUGCUUCCACCAGUGCCAAGCUCAGUGACAAGACCCGCUAUGACUACUUUGCCCGCACUGUGCCCCCGGAUUUCUACCAGGCCAAGGCCAUGGCAGAGAUCCUGCGUUACUUCAACUGGACGUACGUAUCGACGGUGGCAUCAGAAGGUGACUAUGGUGAGACUGGCAUUGACGCCUUCCAGCAGGAGGCUCGUGCCCACCAGAUCUGCAUUGCCACUUCAGCCAAGGUGGGCCGCUCAAUGAGCCGCUGGAGUUAUGAGAAUGUGAUCCGCUCCUUGCAGCAGAAGUCCAACGCCAAGGUGGUCAUCCUGUUCACACGCAGCGAAGACGCCCGCGAGCUGCUAGUGGCAGCCAACCGCAUGAACGUCACCUUCACCUGGGUGGCCAGUGAUGGCUGGGGCGCGCAGGAAAGUGUGGUGAGAGGCAGUGAGGCUGUGGCUGACGGGGCAUUCACCAUCGAACUAGCUUCCUAUCCGAUCCCCCAGUUUAAUGACUACUUCACUGCCCUGCACCCGUACAACAACACCAGGAAUCCCUGGUUCAGAGAGUUUUGGGAAAACCAGUUCCAGUGCAGCCUCCAUGAUCUGGGAUGUGGGAAGCACUCACUCCGCGAGACUCCGUUUCAGCCAGAAUCCAAGAUCAUGUUUGUAGUGAAUGCAGUCUAUGCGAUAGCUAAUGCCAUACAUAACAUGAGGCAGGCCUUAUGCCCCAACUCCACCAAGGUGUGUGAGGCUCUUAAACCUGGCAAUGGCAGAAAGUUUUACAGGGACUACAUUCUCAAGGUCAAGUUUGAGGCACCAUUUCGCCCACCAGACACAGAGAAUGAAGUCCGCUUCGAUGCCUACGGGGACAGCCUUGGUCGUUACAACAUUUUCCACUACCACAAAGAAGAUGGACGCUAUGUCUACCGUAAGGUCGGCUACUGGGCUCAGAGCCUGACCCUGAACACAAGCCGGAUCCCCUGGGCUGGCCAGGUUGUGCCAACCUCCCAGUGUAGUGACCCCUGCAGGAAGAACGAGGUGAAGAGUAUGCAGCCUGGAGAUGUGUGCUGCUGGAUCUGUAUCCCCUGUCAACCCUACCAGUAUUUGCAGGAUGAAUUCACCUGUGCUGACUGCAGCUUUGGACAGUGGCCCCUGGCCAACCUGACAGGCUGUUAUGAUCUGCCUGAGGAGUACAUCCGCUGGGAAGAUGCCUGGGCCAUUGGACCCGUCACCAUAUCCUUUCUAGGGAUGAUGUGUACGCUCUUUGUCAUUGGGCUCUUCCUUAAACACAAUGAGACACCCGUGGUGAAGGCCAGUGGCCGUGAGCUCUCCUACAUUCUUCUGCUGGGAGUGUUGAUGUGUUAUAGCAUGACCUUCAUCUACAUUGCCAAACCGUCCACGGCAGUUUGUACACUGCGUCGGCUAGGUUUAGGCACCUCAUUUGCUGUGUGCUACUCAGCCCUCCUGACCAAGACCAAUCGCAUCGCUCGGAUCUUCAGUGGGGUGAAGGAUGGAGCGCAGCGGCCUCGAUUUAUCAGCCCAGCCUCCCAGGUUGCCAUCUGUGGUGCUCUGAUCUCCUGCCAGCUGGUGGUGGUGGUGGUCUGGCUGCUGGUGGAAACCCCUGGGGUGAGAAAGGAAGUGAGCCCGGAGAGGAGAGACGUGGUCACCCUCAAGUGUAACAGCAAGGACUCCAGUAUGCUCAUGUCUCUCACCUACAACUGCAUCCUCAUCAUCCUCUGCACAGUCUAUGCCUUCAAGACCCGCAAAUGCCCAGAGAACUUCAACGAGGCCAAGUUCAUCGGGUUCACCAUGUACACCACCUGCAUCAUCUGGCUGGCUUUCCAGCCUAUUUUCUACGUUACUGCCAGUGACUACAGGGUGCAGACAACAACCAUGUGCAUUUCUGUCAGUCUGAGUGGGUCGGUGGUGUUGGGCUGCCUCUUCGCUCCCAAGGUCCACAUCAUCCUGUUCCAGCCGCAGAAGAAUGUCAGCACUCUCAGAGUGGCCACCACCCGCUUCAGCGUCACCACUGGCCCAGGCUCCAGUUUCUCUCAAGCAUCAGCCUCCAAUGUUGUUCCAACAGUGUGUAAUGGUCGAGAGGUGGUGGACUCCACAACGUCCUCCUUGUGA